CAUUUAAUAGUCCGUUAAAUAUCGUUUUUUAUGUCAUUUUUUUAAAUCAAAUUUUUAAAUUUGACCAAAAUUUGACUGUUAUCAAAUUGUUGUAGUUAUUUAUCUGUGUUGUGAAUAUUAUAGUUAUAGUUUUAUAUUGAACCUGUGUAUUGAACGUUAAACGUCUAUUGUUCAAUAUAUUGUUGAGCUUUUUGUCAAUGCAUUAGUUAUUAAUUUAUUUACUUCGAAAUGUCGGCUCGAUCAGAACGGCUGCUAAGUCGAAGACUAGGAUCUACAAUAAAAAACUCACCUUCGCUUGUUAACUCGACCAGUAAAUGUAAAACACCAUCCGUGUCGUCUUGUUUUCAGUUUGAUAGUAGACCUGUUACAAACGAAAUUACUAGUGUUCCAAGCAUUACUAAAAGUACCUCAAAGAUAGGAAAAAAGGGCAAUGCUAAAGUAUCCAAGAAUUUACUUGAUGCAAUUCAAAUGGCACACUUUAAUGCCCAAUGUAAGAAGAAAACAAGGAGAAACAGAAGAAAAGCAGAUGUAAAUGAUGAUAAUUCAGAUGGGAGUGGCACGGGAGGUGACAUUGCAGAUGAUGAAUCCGUUCAACUUAGUGUUAAAAAGAAAACUCGAAAAGUUAGAGAGACUAUGAAUUAUUUAUCCAAUCAAAUGCUAAUAUCAGAUGAUGCUACAAAUAUGAAAUUCAAACCAAAGAAAAUAAAGAGAAAAGCGCCAAUAUUUUCGCUGCCUGUUAAUGACAUAUUAGAGGAUAAGAAAACUUUUACCACUGUCUCCUCUGAAAAUAAAGAAAACGAAACAACUGAAGAGUCAACAGAAAAUGAGGUAUAUGAGCAAAAGAAUUCUACAAGUAGGGCUUUAAGAAGAAAACGUAAAAAUCUUUUUCAUAUGAUUGAUGUUGAUAGUCCAAACAGUGAUAUUAAUGUUCAUGUAAUGUAUAAUAAUCCUCCAAAACAGGAAAGAAAAUCUAAAAGAAAUGGAUUAGAUAUUAAAGGUUUUAUUUGUAACGAGGAUACUAAAACAUAUAGUUUAAGAAAUGUAAAUAAAAGUGAAAACAAGAAUGUUAUGAAAACUCCUGAAAAAAGUCAUUUGGAAAAAAUUGACUGCAAAAGUAUAAAUAAAACCAACAGUAGUUCAAAGGUGUUAAACAAAACAUCAAAUAAUGAAAAUAGAUCAGUUACAGAGCAUAACACCAAUUCGGGUAAGAAAAAGAGAGCUACUUUUGAAAAGGAACCAUCAAACAUCCAACUUGAAUUAUUUGGACAAGGUAAAGAAUCUACAGAGAAAUUAGUUAAAAAUUCCAGAAUGUCCAGUGAUAUUUGGAAAUCUAAUACCACUGUAGCAAAGAAUAAACGGAGUACAUUUGAAUUGAAGCCUGAAUUAAGCAUCCUACUUAAGGAAUCAUCUGGAAAACCUAACAAAUAUACAGAAGAACAAGAUAAAAAUUCUGGGAUUUCUAAUUGUAAUAGUAGUAGAAAAAGGAGCACAUAUAACAAAAAUGAAGAAGGGAAUGUUGAGCCUAAAGAAUAUACAGAAUUAACAAGAAAAAGUAUUAGUUGUAUGCAGAACGUAGAUCACAAAAUAUCUAGAUAUUCCAAUAACAGAAAGCCAUCACCUACUCCGCAAAAAACAACAUUUGAAACAUCAAACUCUGGUGAGUUAAACUCGAAUCUAGAUUUUGAUGACAACGAACUUGCAGGAAGUAGAAGAGAUACCUAUGAAAUAAAAUAUGAUUCAUCAGGUCAGGAAUGGAUUUCACAAAAUUUAGACACUGUUAAUACCGAACAUCAGAUGUCAGUAAGUAACCUGACAAGUUCUGUUAGAAAGUCAGUCAGGCAAGAUCCAAGGCUGUCAAGUAGAAGUUUGAACUUUAAAACACCCGUUCAAGAAUCAAGAAUAUCUGGAAAACGUUCUAUAAAUAAAAAUACCUGUGAAUUAAGAUAUGAAUCAUCAGAUCCAGAAUGGAUUUCACAAAAAACUGAAGAUACUGUUAAUACGGAAUAUCAGAUGCCAGUAGGUAACCUGACGACUUCUGUUAGGAAAUCAGUCAGGCAAGAUCCAAGGCUCUCCAGUAGAAAUUUGAAUUUGAAAACACCCGUUCAAGAAUCAAGAAUAUCUGGAAAACAUUCUAUAAAUAAUGAUUUUCGGAAAAUAUCUAACGGUAUAUGUUUGGAUAUUGUGCAGGACCACAAUAUUCCAAAGAUUCAAAUAACUGCAUUGCCCAAAAAAACUUCUAACAGAUCAAAAUCAUCAAUUUCUUCUGCAAAAUCUAUUGGACCGAUUUCUAUCGAGGAUGAUAGUGUUUUUACCGACGAUACAUCUAUGGAAGUGAGUUUUAAGAGAAAAUCAAACAAAGCCACAGACAUAUUGGAUCAUUUGAACGUAACCCGUAUGGAAUCGAGGAAGAGCAGCUUCAAGAAGAUUAGUAGAGAAUUUUCAACUGGAAGUGAUGAUGAAGGUAAAAGAAACAGGUUUGUUACAAUUCGAAGGAGACUAAGGACGUGGGAUACUAGAAGGUCAUUAAACAUAUCCAAUGGCAGUGUAAAGAGGAGCGUAGAAUCUCAGAAUAGUUUAAGUAAUAACGUCAAAAAGGGAUCCAAGAAUUCACAUUCCUUUGUAUCAAGUUCCGAUGAUAUUAAUUCCUAUGAAGUCACAAGAUCGUCAGCCCAAAUGGAACCAGCUUCCAAAAAGUCCCAGGGAUAUCAGUCUGUUCCUGAAAUAAACCGAAAAGAUACAGAAUCGAACGAUGAAUUUUUCGCCUUUUUGCCAAACACAUCCAAAUCAGACUUGAACGAUAUGAUGCUGGAAAAUAUAGAUUCGAUGGUCAUACAUAAUUCGUUUGCGGCAUGUCCGAACGUGGACGCGACACGUCGCUUAACCCGAGACUCGACUUUCGUUAAAGACGAAUUGACGACCGAGUCUCCUGCGAAAAGAAGAUCUUCGAGAAAAAGAUGGUCUCAAGUCGAGAAGACUCCUAUUUUCAAUAAGGUUUACACAGAGCCUUUGUCUCAGAAACGUGGAAGUGCAAUCAAUAAAUCUAAGUCAGUGUCUUUCAUUACCCCUCCAAAAUCAUCGCCUUCGAGGGCAGCAACAGAAAACAAAAAGAAGUCUGUACGUAUUGAGUCUCCAUCAGCAAGCACUCCGAAAAUGCGGCUACACUCCCCGUUAGUGAUUAGGAAGACUCCAGGACCGAAAUCUCUUCAAUCUAUGGACGACAGCAGUUUUCUAUCAGAUAAUCAUACGUCCACAUCUACCAGACACUCCCCUCCCUCAAGCACCAGCACUCCAUACCCACACAAGAAAGAAGAAAGUUUAUUAAAGACAGUCUUGAACAACGAGGGCACUAAAAACGACAGCAUAAAUAAAUCCUUCAAGCGAGCUAAAAUGCCAAACUUUAAGAAAAUCCAUCAAAGACAGUAUGAGAAAAUGGAAAAUCUCCAACAGCUGCAAGAGAGGAAAGCAUUGAGAGCUCAGACUCUGAUGAGCGGCUCCAAACCUCCGCAAUCUACAUCGUUGAUUAGAAAUGAUGUUGAUAAAGAAUCAAGGAAGAUGUUGAAAUUCGGUCCAGAGAAAGACACAUCCAGUUUGAAUAAUUCGUCGAAAACUUUGUCGAAGCCUCAGCAAAAGUUGCUGGAAAAAAGGGCAUCUUUGGAAAAGAAAAAGAAAGAUUUAAGGAGCAAGCUUCCUGUUAAGGCGGCUGUCAAAAACCAAGUUGCACAGGUUCAGAUUAAUCAAACCAAACCGAAAGCAGUGACGCGAUUCGGUUUUAAAUUCCCUGAAAAUAAGAAGGUAACUAAAGAAGAACAAAUACGAGCCGUCACGAAUAAGUCGAAGAUUGGCUCUGAUCGGCGGGAAGAAACAAGGAAGCAACUGCAAGGGGUUCGGUCAAAUAGACGAUUCGAACUCUUAAUGAAAAUGCGACAAAAUAAAAAAUAAAAUAUUCUUUUGUAUACCAAUAUGCACAGGGCGUGAAAAGGUUUGCAACAAAUGGGAAAAAGUUUGCGAAUACAAUAACAAAAAAAAUGAUAUAUCACUCCAACAACCUGUCGACAGAAAAUUAUAAAAAAAACAACCACAAUAUCAACAUGACAACAGCAGUGGAAUUCUGUAAGCUCCGUAGCAAGAAAUUUCCUGUCUAGCCUAUCCCUAUGCUAUUUGUAUACGAUUGAUGAGUCACUAGACAGGAAAAAUGUUUACAAAAUCGGGCCCCAGAUGAUACAUACUAAAAUUUAUUUUUUGAGCAUGCUGAUUUCGUCAUAAACUUUUUCAAAACUUAAUGUUUUUUUUCCUAUUUGUUGCGAAUUCAAGCCAGUUAAAUUGACUUAUAAUUCUUCUGGAAACUAACUGGAAAUGGUAGUACUUUUAUAGAUUUUCAUAGUUAUAUUUUAUAUAUUUAACUUUUAAAGUGUUUUAUUUGUAAUAUUGAUA